ACUUUCUUUUUUUAUAUUUUUAUAAAUAUUUUUAAAUACUUACAAAUUGCCGCCGGAUUAAUAAUCUAGCGUAGGUGGCAUUACUACAUUCAAAUAGAUAGAGUGGCGCGAGAAACAUGUGUGGUCGAGCAGCUUGUUCUUUAAAUCCAGAUAGUUUAUGUCGCGCUUGUGAUUACAAGGAUGCAACUGGCAAACGACGCACAACAUCAUGGACCAAAACUGACAUCGAAUAUAUUCCAUCCACUAAUAUCGGACCUAAAGAUGCUCUUCCUUGUAUUAUUUCUGGCUUACACUUUGGCAAAGACGAACAAGUUCUUUGUGCUAUGAUGUGGAGUAUGAUUCCCCCUUGGCACGAGGGAGACUACAGAAAACAUAAUUUAUCAACACAUAACGCGCGUCUAGAAAAUAUUAAAAAUUCCAAAUUAUAUGGAACACCACUUCGUAAAGGACAAAGGUGUAUUGUGCUUUGUGAAGGUUAUUAUGAAUGGAAAGCUGGAAAAACCAAAAAAGAAUCUAAACAACCAUAUUAUAUUUAUGCUACUCAAGAGAAAGGAGUAAGAGCGGAUGAUUCUUCGACAUGGAAAGAUGAAUGGUCUGAAGAAACUGGUUGGAAAGGAUUUAAACUUUUAAAGAUGGCAGGAAUUUUUAAUACAUUUAAAACUGGAGAAGGGAAAAUAAUAUACAGUUGUACAAUAAUUACAACUGAAUCAAAUAGUAUUCUGUCUUGGUUACAUAAUCGUGUACCCAUUUUUUUAAACAAAGAACAAGAUUCACAGAUUUGGUUGAAUGAAAAAUUAACAAUAGAUGAAGUUGUUGAUAAAUUAAAUAAAUUAACAUUAUCAGAUGGUGAUUUAAAUUGGCAUACAGUCUCAACUCUUGUAAACAAUGUAUUAUGUAAAAAUGAAGAUUGCAGAAAAGAGAAAAAGUCCAUUGAAGAGAAAAAAAGCAACUCUAGUAGUUUUAUGGCUUCUUGGUUGAAGAAAGGGUCUGCAGAGUCAGCUAAGAGAAAAAGUACGGAAACUGAAAAAAAUGAUAAUGUAAUGUCAAAAAUUGCAAAGGAAAAAUAAUUUUAUCCAUAUUUUAUCCAAUUGCAAAUAAGGUCGCUCACAAAAGUAUAAACUUUACUUUUUUUUAAUUGUAAAUAUCAUUGUUAAAAUAUUUAUUUAAAUUAUAUAUUUUCUUUUUAUUUUUAUAUUUUAUAAAGCAAUAAUUUUUCUUUGUAAUAAUCUUUGUAAUAAUAUUAUAAUCAUAAAAUAAGAUUUUCCUUUUUUAAUUUAUAAUUGUAAGUUAUUAUUAUAAUUUAUAAUUGUAAGUAAUUUAUAAUUAUAAUUGAAGUAUAAUGUGUAAUUAUUUAUAAUCAAUAUUUAAUAAAAUUAAAACACAAUUCUGUAAACAUCAGUACUAAAAAUAAAAUAACAUAUAUAUUUUAA